AUGCUACCGAUAAUGUCGAACACGUUUGACCGGUUGGUCACUCUAUUGGACCCGAAAGCCCGCGACAGCCAAGUUGUGGACUUUCGCAUUGUUUACGACUCAUUUGCGUUCGAUGUAAUUACCAGGGCUGUGGCCGGGGCUGACGCAAACGCCCUGGGUCACCCUAAUGAUAAUCCAUUGUUCACAUCGGUCAAAACAAUGUUUCAAAUUGAUCAAGGGCUUAACGAUUGGCUCGUGUAUUACAUGCCUUUUAUACGGCGAUUCAUUGAUAUACCGUUUUUUGAUCGCCAAAAAAUGCAAAUAAUUAUUGAUAGCGUGAAUCACGUGAUUAGUGAACGAGUGGCCCGGGAUGUACAGGUGCCCGAUCUGUUACAGCACUCAGUGAAUGCCAGCGUAUGGGCCGACAAAUACCUUAACCCUCCCGCCAAUGCUAACAAGUCGUUUGAUAAAUUGACCAAGGUGGAAGUGAUUGGUCAAGCAAUUAACAUGUUGGCCGCCGGACACGAGACCACAGCCUCGCAGUUGUGUCUCAUUACUCGCAUACUUGCGCUCAAACCCUGGUAUUAA